AUAAAUGUUCCAUACAAAACACCCACGUUGCAGCAUUAGCACCUGAUGAGCUAAGACAACAAAGUGACCGCAAACAUGCUGUACCGUGACGAGGGUGAAGUCCCUGAUACUGACUUAACUUGACAUUACCACUUCAACCUGGAACAGAUCAGACCAGACUGAACGGUGCCACACAAAACCUGAAAUCAUGGGGCAGUCUUUGCAGAGACAUUCACCUCCCAAGCUAUUCCCUGGAGACAUUGUGGAGUAUCCCCGGAACAAAUACUUCUCCCACUUUGCCAUCUACUAUGGCGAGCUGCAUGGCGUUCAGUAUGUGGCUCACCUGACAUCCCGAGAUUCUGACUCCAAGCUCCCGCUCUUUGGAAGGGCCCUCAGGUCAGAGAUCAAAUUGGAACCGAUAGAUCUGCUGGGAAAUAAUUACAAGGUCAACAACAUGCUGGAUGAUUGUGUCCCAGCCAGAGAUUUCCACAAUGUGGUGAAACAGGCCAUCGACAACAUGAUUGGACAGGAAGUGACUUUUGACAUCCUGUUCCACAAUAGCGAGCACCAAGCAACGUUCUUCCGAUACGGAGUGAAGAAGUCCGAGCAGAUUGAGAGAAUCUAUGAGCACAUAAUGCCUGCGUGGAAGAAGCUCUUUGAGAAGAAGAAGCUGUGAAAGAGCAUCCAUUGCAGUUUUUACUCUUUUCACCUCCUGACGCAUCUUUAGAAAAAUAAAUUAAAAAUAGACAAACUAGAAAAAAUGUAUUUUUGUUUUAUUGUCUUAAGUUUUAUGUCAACGCAAUAAUGUAUAGAAUUUGUUUUCUGGUACUUUUUUCCCUACAUGUCCUGAAGGAGUUGACAAAAGUGGAGCUAAGGAAAAUAAGGACAAGAUAUAUUACAUACCCAAUUCU